UAGUCAAGAGCUCCUUGAUGUGCUUGGGAUGAAUACAAAAACCCUUCCUCCAUUCAUCUAUCGCAUGAGGGAGCUCGGCUACCCACCUGGUUGGUUAAAAGAGGCAGAAAUGGAAAACUCAGGCUUGAUGCUCUAUGAUGGAUCAAAUGAUGAAGAUGAAAACAACCACAGCCAAAAGAUAUCUUACGAUGUCUCAAAGCUGGUUGACUUUCCUGGCUUCAAUGUGUCUACACCUCCCAACGUAAGAGAUGAUUACCGGUCUUUCGGUUCUAUUCCAAUGCAGCCUCAGCACUGGAAGCAAAAUUUUGCUGCUUUUUUAAGCAGUAACUUUCCAACGGGCUCCAGCUGCAGUAAGAGACGUCAUGAGUCUGAAUCCACACCCCAGAAGACAAAGAAAUGUAGAUCCAAUUCAGAAAACCACGAAUCAGACAUGGAGAUAGAAUCAGGAUGUGGGAAGCGGUAA